AUGGUCUUGGAUGCAAACGUGUUAAGCCAUUUAAAGUCAGAUGCCAUUGGUGAUGCGCAGCUUUCACAGUUGUUGCUAUCUGAAUUUGGGACUUAUUUAACUAGUCCAGCUGUACCACACAUGGAUCCACAAGCUAAAACCGUAAGUUUUUUUGUUUUUUAUAUUUUUUUGAGUUUUAGGUAUGAAAUAAUAGAUGAAAACAUCUUACAAUGCUUUACAGUAAAUCUAGAAGCUAUGCCAGUGUUCUUAAUACUAAUAUGGGCACUUUUUUUAUCCGUUUGUUACCUAAAAAUCAACCAUAUGUUUUUUAAGCCACAUAUUUUAGGUAUUUUCCGAGGUAAUGCCAGAAAGAUAUCAAAGAGGAAGUAACGAACUUAAGCUUAUGAUUCUAAGAGCAUAUAGAGUUUUACUGCGCGACACGGACAAUAUUGGUUACCUAAUGACAACAAAUAUUCCGUAUUUUAUCAUUUCGGCCGCUGGUUUGAAUGAAGAAGGAAAAGCGGUCGAUAAUUUUGAUGGUAUGUUGGUUAUAUGGGAUUUUUAUUUAUUUUAUGUUUUAUUUUUGUUUCUAAACCUGAUUCUACGAACUUUUUGACCGGAAUUUUAAAAUUUUUUUGCGGACUUUUUCACAAAAUUUUGGUUUUUUGUGGUAAGACCUUAUUUUUUAUGUUUUUUAAUAUAUUUUCAAAAUUACAGUAGUAAUGGAGGGCUGCAAGUGCAUGGUAAAUGGCACAAGGCAAUCGGAAGAGCUACGUCGUGCCAUGAUCUCCGAAGACUGUGCUUAUGUUGGUAAUCUGGCGGAGAGAAUAAUCACUUCAUGCCUUCAAAUCUUCAAUCCAACCGUCGAACAACCAAUCUUUGUUCAUCAUGAUGUUGGCACGAUCAUUGAGUUACUGUACUUGGAUUUGAGAGUCAUUUUUGCUAUUACUGCGCUGAGCACUGAGGCUAGGGUAGGUUUUUUGGAAAUUAGGGGAGGGUAGGGGAAGGUAGAGGACUGUAAGGUAGGGUAGAGUAUGAUAACGUAAGAAAGGGUAGUUUAAAAUAUACUUUCUCAGCUUUUCAUUCCAAAUGUUACCUUUUUUUUCAGACCAAAGUCAGCCCCCAGAUCACCUUCUUCAUCGGUGUCAUUCACAAGUUCGCUCUCCAGCUCACCACCCCCUCCCCACACAAUUCCAUGAAACAAGAGUGCAUAACCGAACUCCUCAAGGUCCUCUUUAACGUAUUCAUAGGCCAUGUCCAAGUCGACCAGUCGGUAGAAAAGCUAUGCGCCCAAGAAUGUUCACAACUCAUCAAAUCUAACUACCUACCAAACAGUAUCAAGUACGAUGCAGUGAACGUACUAGCACAUAUAUCGUCACAGUUUACUUCACUGUGCCCACAAGUUACCGAGGAAAGUGUGACGGAUGAUAUGAUUGUGUACGAAGGCAUGGAUGUGACUUUUUUGAAGUGUUUACUGGACUUGUUGGAGCUCAGACUGGAUGAGGUGGGGGUUUAGAUUUAUGAUCAUUUUUUAGGUUAAGGUAACAAAAUUUGAGCUUUUUUAGUUUUUAGGUAACAAAAAUGAAAUUAUGAAAAAUUUAGGUAACAAAAAUCAAUUUUUUUUAGUUUUUAGGUAACAAAACUGAAAUCUUUUAAAUUUUAGGUAACAAAAAUCAAUUUUUUUAAUUUUUAGGCAACAAAAAUGAAAUUUUUUGAAUUUUAGGUAACAAAAAUCAAUUUUUUUUUUAAAUUUUAGGUAACAAAAAUGAAAUUUUUUUGAAUUUUAGGUAACAAAACUGAAAUUUUCUGAAAUUCAGGUAACAAAAAACGAAUUUCUUGCGUUUUAGGUAACAAAAGUUAAAUUUUUUAAAAAUUUAGUUAACAAAUCUUUCAAAAUCCGAUUUUUAGGUAAUAAAAAGUAAAAAAAAUGAAAAAUUUCAGCUAUCCGCCCCCGAAAUGGACCUUCUCAUAACCUACUUUGGCAUCCUAACCGUACUGUGCAAAGAAAACAAAGCAGCCCGAAGAUACUGCCGCCAACGCAUUCUACCACCCCUCAGAGCAAACGACGUGGAACACCCGCCCGAAGAGGGCAUGGCCUUCAGAAACAAAAUCAUCAGAAUCAUGACGAAAAGCGUCGGUACCCUGAAGCGCAUCGUGGCCGAGUUUUUAUUUGUCUUGUGCAAGAGGAGUGUCAGUCGAAUGAUCAAGUAUUGCGGCUUUGGCCAUUCGGCCGGUCUCUUGGCCGAUUAUGGGUUCCUGAGCAAGAUUGGUGAAGUGAGAAGGGCGUCGGAUUCAGAAGACUCGGAAACUGAAGAUUAUAAACAGGUGGAACCGAGGUGAGGAGGUUCGGGGUGAAAUAAAAUCUUGGCGUGGCAAAAAAAAGACUGGGGAUUUUUGUGUUUGAUCAUAAAACACAAAGAACUUGGUAAAAAAUAGUUUCUUAAAAAAUUAGGGUGGGGUGGGAAAAUAAAUGUUGUAAAAAUAAAGGGCAGGGCAAAAAAGAGAUUUUGUGGAUUUUCCAGGGCGGGGUAAGUUUGAAAAAAAAAUUUUUUUUGGGCGGGAUAGAAAAUUGAAAAAAAAUAAUUGAGCGAGAAAAAUUUUAAGUAGGCCAAGAAGCAAUUUUCGAGCGGGAAAACAUUUUUUUCGGGCGGGGUAAAAAUUUUUUUGGGGGGGGGGAAAUUUUUUUUCAUUUUUUUAGGCAGGGUAAAAAUACAUUUAUGGUUCACAAAAAGUGUUAAAUCUCAUACUUUUUCAGCGUGAACCCAGUAACUGGCUAUGUGCAAGGUGAUCGUCGAAACCCAUUCGAUUACAUGACAGAAGAACAAAAGGAAUACGAAGCAGUUAAGCUGGCCAAUACUAUGGAUAAGUUAUUGGAUUCGGGAGUUUUCAUGCCAGGACGAAUCGGGCCAGAUGGAAGGCCACAGGCUGUUUCUCAUGUCAACGAACUGGUCAAAGAUGUUCAUAUCGAAUCAGACCAUUCGGAUGAGGACUAG